UUGGUAAACAAGAUAAAAGAUUAAAAAUAGCCGUUUACGAACAAACAUUAUUAAACACCGUUAUUUCAUAGCAGACGCACAGAUUUGUUUAGUUUAGUGUAGAAAUGCCAAAGGUUUUAUAUUAUGCCAUCGAAAGUCCUGCAUGUAGGGCUGUCCUGGUAACAGCCGAGUCAAUCGGAGUGAAAUUGAAUCUCAAGCAUAUUGAUUUGGCAACUGGAGAACAUCAUACACCUCAGUUCCUAAAGAUUAACCCAACACACACCAUUCCGACCUUGGAUGACGAUGGAGUUAUAAUAACGGACAGCCACGCCAUAAACGCUUACUUGGUGUCGAAAUAUGGAAAGAACGAUUCGUUGUAUCCAAAAGAUUUGGUCAAGCGAUCCUUGAUCGAUUCUCGACUUCAUUUUGAUAGCGGAGUUGCAUUUGCGAUAUUGAAAAUUACUUAUAGAGCCCAUAUCUACGACGGCCAAACAGAAUACCUCACACCAUGGCAAAAACAGAAAAUCAUCGAGGUAUACGACUUCAUCAACGCUUACCUGGAACGUACCAAAUGGAUCGCUGGCGAUGAAUUAACGAUCGCUGAUAUGUCUUUGGUUACCACCGUCAACAGUUUGGAAACCAUGCUGGAGAUUGACUCUGGAAAAUAUUCAAAAAUCAGGAAAUGGUUGGAUGCAGCCAAUGCUUUGCCUGCCUUUGCCAUCAAUAAGGAGGGAAAUGAAGCGUACAAGAAUGGUUGGUUAGUUGUGAGCAAGCAUCAUAAUAUGGUAACAACGACAACGUUUUACUUUUUCUACAUAUUCCAUACUACGAACUUUCUUCAAGAAGAAGGCGUUACUGUUUUGCUGUGGCCACCCCGUUUACCAGAUUUAGAUCACAUUGAACACGUGUACGAUUUGAUGAGGAGGAUACUAACGUCACCAGUUUGUUGGUUGUACAUCGUUGCCAGUUUAAUUUUUAAAAUGACAAAACCAAAGUUAUAUUAUGCCCAUGUAAGCCCACCUUCGAGAGCUACGUUGCUCACCAUAGCUGCUUUAAAUCUGAACGUUGAGUUGGUGCCAAUGAAUUUGUCGGCUGGUGAACAUUUAAGUCCACAGUUCUUAAAGAAAAAUCCUCUUCACACUGUCCCAACGUUAGAAGAUGGUGACCUGGUGGUUUUCGAUAGUCACGCAAUCAAUGCAUAUCUGGUAACAAAAUAUGGUAAAAAUGACGCCUUGUAUCCAAAGGAUCCGCAAAAGAGGGCGAUCAUAGACCAGAGACUACAUUUUGAUUCUAGUGUGUUGGCUGCACGAAUGGGUUCUGUCAUCGCUGCAAUACUUAGAGGCGGAGUAAAAGUGAUCGAAAAAGACAAAGCUGACCUAAUCGUCCAAGGAUACCAAUCACUGGAACUCCUUUUGGAGGGCCACAGCUACGUAGCGGGCAACGAUCUCUCCAUAGCGGAUUUUAACGUUGUCGGUACCAUAUCCAGCUGCAAUGCUGCCAUAGUACCGAUAGCGUCGAAUACAUACCCCAGAAUCACCGCUUGGUUGUCCAGAAUGCAAAAUUUGCCUUACUAUGAAACCAAUCAGACGGGCGUGGAUCAGUUUAAGGAUAUGAUUCAUAGUAAAAUACAUUUAUAAGUUUGAUUUGAAUUGUGAAAUUUAUUAUUUUAAGAU